GGGGCGGCGGCGGCGGUGGCGGCGGUGCUGGUCCCGCUGUGCUCGGUGCGGGGCCGCCCCGCUCUGCUCUUCACCCUCCGGUCCCGCCGCCUGGGCGGCCCCCACAGCGGCGACGUCAGCUUCCCCGGGGGGCGGCGGGACCCGGCGGACGGCGACGCGGUGGCCACGGCGCUGCGGGAGACGCGGGAGGAGCUGGGGCUGGCGCUGGGACCCCCCAGUGUCUGGGGACAACUGCGGCUGCUGCCAGACCGGGUACCGGGGACACCG